UAAAAACUUAAUAUUUAAUGAAAAUUCAUAUACUAAGAAUUAAAUUUGAAAAUAAACAUUAAUAAAGCAUAAUGGAAGAAUCAGGUUCUCAAACGGCCUUAGAAGAAGAGGAAGAGAAUGCAUCAAAUCUUUUUAGUUUACCAAAACCAGGUAUUGCGGAGUGGGCGCUCCCUCAAUCGGAAGACGAUGAUUUUGAGGCUCAUACAUAUGAUGUUGAAGAAGCACUCAAUUAUAUAUACAAUUUGCCAAGUUGCAAACUCAUAAUGAUCAGACCAGAAGUACAAACGGUGUUGGAUAUUGUAGUUGGUAUAAAUGUUAACCAACGAUUUCCAUGGAAGCAACUUAAAUAUGAAUAUAUACGUGAUAGUUUAAUUGAUUAUGUUGAUAAAGGUCCAGCAUUAUACGCGGCAUUUCAAGAUUUUAAUCCUGAAGAUUAUGUAUUGAUUGGUUAUGCACCAUUAUUGACCCAAAACUCAGAACAUCAAACAGAAGCUGACCCAUUUGUUAUAUUUUUCGAUUCUCAGGAUACUAAAUUAGCAUUGUCUGUAAUACAUAGUAUUGAAUUAUAUGAAGACUGGAUUGCUCAUAAACAUCAAAUUAAGAAACCAAAGCGUUGGGUAUCAUUAGGUAGCGAAAAUGAAAUAAAUCUAACAUUACAGCAACGUUAUAUUAAACCAGUCGAUGUGGAAAUACAAAGUGUUUAUCCCCCAACUAUAACAAAAAACAAAGAGUUCACAUUUCGUAAAUGUGCAGACACACGUGAUGGUUAUGUGGAAUUAAUACCACCUGAAGGGGUUAAAUUCGAUAAUGUCACCAGAAAACGUAUUACAAUUGGUAUACAAUCUGCACCACAACUUAUUGAUCGUGAACAACUUACUGAUCCUACUUUUCCGAAUAAUAUGUGGACUCAAUAUUUAUAUGAGAUUGGAGAGGAAGAUGACUUAGAUGUUUCCUCCGAAGAUGAAGAGGCUAAAGAAAAAGCUCAAACUAGCAGACCGGCAUCUCCAGAAGUAGUUGUACCUAAACCACCGCCAGAAAUGUCUCCUCAAAUGAAAUUAUUAUUAAGCACUCUAGAAUUUAAUCAAGUGGAUAUGUAUAGAAAUGAUUACACCCUAAUGCAAGGUGAUCCGGUGGAUGUCUAUAUUACUCCAGAAUUGGAGGAGAUAUUUUGUUUUGCAGAUAUUGCUAAGAGUCAAAAUCGAUUUGUUUGCAGUGCAGAUUGGUAUCCACAUUUAUCUGGAAUAUUGGCAGUAUCUUAUACGUUUAGUACAGCUUGCACUUCGGAAACAAUACCAAAAAAAUAUAGUAGCGUUAAACGUGCCAUUAUGGAGCCAAAUCCUAUACUAUUGUGGAGUUUUUCUGAUAAUCUAAAUUACAAACUACAAUUUGAUUCACCACUGGAAGUCACUCACUUAUCAUUUAACCCAUAUGAUGGUAACUGUUUGCUAGGAGGUGCAAAAAAUGGACAACUCAUAUUAUGGGAUCUACAAAACCGUAUUGAUAGUCUGGAAGAUACGGUAAUAAUGACAACAGCACAAAUUCGUUACCAAAAUAUCAUGGCGGAAUAUUUGAAACAUACUAUUGACCUUAAUGAGGAACAUCGCGUAAUGCGUGCAGCUACUUCAGCUCUAGAGUAUUCUCAUACGGAUGCAAUAACGGGCAUUUAUUGGAUGAGCCGAAAUUUUUACAUUAAUGCAUAUGGCAAAAUUUUUGUCGAUCCUAUGCAAAGUAGUUCAUAUAAUUUUUUUGUUACUUGCUCGUUGGAUGGUGGUAUUGCAUUUUGGGAUUUCAAUGCACCACCGGACAAGAAAGUCAAACGAACAAUUAGAGCUAAUUUACCCAAAGCUCUACUCAAAAGCGAAUCGGUACACAAGAAUAAAAAAUUUAAACCCACUUAUAAAUUAAAUUAUAAAGAACCUAUAACAGGAAUUGUCGGUGAUACGUCACAAUUUCAAUUAACGGUUUUAGAUCAUCGUAGAUUACGUAGAAAUAAAAUUAAUUAUCGCAUAGCGUUAACUCCAAAGGAUCCACCAGAAAUGCGGCAAACAUUUAUUAUAUCAACACUAUAUGGUCAUGUUGAAAAAAUUAAUUGGGUUGGAGUGUUCAAUGAUACUGAUGAGGGAGAGAGAGUUUCAUCUGUGGCAAGUUUCGCAAGAGUGCAUGAUGGUCCAAUAGUUGCAACAAAAACUAAUCCAUUUUUAACAAAUAUUUUUGUAACUGUUGGGACUACUGUAUUUGCUGUUUGGAAAGCUGAGUUUCAUACAUCACCAAUUUUAUGGCGAAAACGUCCUAGCGAUUUAACUUCAGCUGCUUGGAGUACAACUCGACCGUCAGUAUUGUUUAUCACACGUGCAGAUGGAAAUUUAGAAGUUUGGGAUAUUCUAGCACGAGACGAUGAACCUUGCUUUAAUGAUAUCAUGGGUGGUGGAUGUGUAACUUAUGUAAUAGAGCAUCCUCCAACUGAACCAGAAAAAUUACUUGGUAUAGGAGAUUAUAACAGCAGUUUUCGCAUGGUGAAACUACCGCCUGGAUUCUACUAUGCUAUGGAAGGUGAAGAGGACAAAUUUGCGGAAUAUAUCGAAAGGCAAAUUGAACGUAAGAUAGCAAUGCAUGCUUGGGAGAAAAAAUAUUAUGAGGAAAAUCAAGAUAUAAUAGAAGCCAAAAAAAAAGCUAAGAUGGAAGCGCUGAAAGAAAUGGAAAGAGUGGAGAAACAAAAGUUGUUAGAUGAACAACGCAGACUUGUAGAAGAAGCAGAAGAAAGAAGAGCACAAGAAGCUAUGAUUCAUGAAAGCUAUCCAGAGCGUAUGAGAAAGCAAUGGGAAGAGUUGAAUUUUAAACGGAUGCUAAAUAUUCUUAUGUCGCGUAAAAGGAUGAAUGCAGAAAAGUUACGUAUUGAAACACAAUUAGAGAAAGAACGUUUGAAAUAUGAAGCUGAUAAAAAAGAAAAAGUUAAGCAAGCCUUGGCAGAUUGUGCCGAAGAGCUGGCAAAUUUACGUUCUCGUCUGUUACCAACUGAAAAAGCUCACGAAGGGCACUUUGAUUCAGUGAAAGAAGGUUGCGAACAUAUAUUGGAUGUGUCUGAUGAUUAUGAUACUAUAGCAGAGCAGGCGAAAGAAGAACUUGAUUCAUAUGAAACGUUUGAAGAAAUGGAUUAUGUACAAUUUAUGAAACGUGCUCGCCAGCGGCGACAAUUAUUGAAUCAAUCGCUCGGUAGUCCUACCGAUCGUAUGGAAUGGUUUGAGGAAGCGAAAGCGAAUAACACGUUGCGUGAUGUCAAUUUCGGUUAUGAAUGGUUCAUUAAUGCGCAAAUGGAAUUAAAUGAGCGUUUGGCUGCGGAAAAACACUCUUCUGAACCCGAACCAGAACUCACUCCCAGUGAAAAUUAUGACGACAUUUAACUGAUAUUUAAAAUUUUUAUUUUUUAUUUUGAAUUA